AUGGACGGUGUAAGGUUCAAGACAUGGGAAUCCCCGGUUACAGAGAUCACUGUUUCGCAAUUCUUAUUCGAGAAUAUCCAGAUGAUUGAUGUCCAAUACCCAAUCAACAUUGACCAGAAGUAUUGUCCUUGUCUGCCGUGCCCGAAAUUGGGAGACUCUCAUGUUCAGAUCAGAAACGUGACGUUAAAAAGCAUUUGGGGAACAUCGACGAACAAAGUGGCAGUGAAUCUGCAAUGUAGCAAAAGCUUCCCGUGCAAAGAUAUUCAGCUAAUUAACAUCAACAUAACGCACAAUGGUCCUGGCGGUCCAGCCACCGCAUUGUGUGAGAACGUUAAAGGUUCUGCGCGUGGCAAGAUGGUUCCUCCGAGUUGUCUGAAGUGA